AUGGCGUCCACUACAGUGGACUGGGAGUUUGACAAGUUCGAUGACGGUUCUAUGAAAAUUGUCGGAGAGUUACAACUGAAAAAGUAUGGCCAAUUUCUGGAGGAAUAUGCUUCCCAGUUGAAGGAGAUAGAGGGUGCUUUGGAUGAAUCCAUUGGUGAUUCAUGGGACAUGACCCUUGACCCUAUAGCUUUACAGCUGUUACCGUAUGAACAGACGACCCUACUACAACUGAUUAAAACUGACAACAAGAUCUUCAACAAGAUCAUCACUGUGCUAGCCUCACUAUGUUGUGAGAUGCAGGCACUGCAGCAUGAGGCACAGUCUAAGUUCUAUAACGCCCUGCUAUUCUACGGAGAAGGAGAACCUGAGAAUGGUUUGGGAGAAGGUGAGGCCCAGCUACAGAUGGGAAGAUUAAUGCCCCUCCUUCAGGAGCUGUCAUGUUUUGUAAACCGUUGUUAUGAAGUUGUGAAGAAUGUGAUUCACCAGUUUGCCUGUCUGUAUUCACUGUCUCGAGGAGGAGCUAAACUCAUUGAUGUUACAGAAGUACAUUUCAGGACUGUGUUUGAGGAACUUGGAGAAGUUCUCGGAGUACUGAUCACUCUGGAUGAGAUUGUCGAUAACCAUGCUUCUCUAAAGGAUCAUUGGACGCUCUAUAAAAGAAUGUUGAAAUCUGUCCAUCAUGACCCUGGAAAGUUCUCUAUUCCUGGUGACAAAUUAAGACAAUUUGAAAAACUAAUCAUGAAAUUAGAAGGAGAGUUAUUAGAUGGCCUCAUAUUUCAGAAUUGUGUGGAGCAGUCAUUUGAUAGCAGUACUGUGUCUGUAACCAAGAACUCUGUGUUCCUAGAUGAGUUUAAUAUCAACAUUAGAGAUUACCUGGUAGAACUAGAGACCAGGAUAGGGGAAGCCAAUGAGACGGACCAGAGACACAAGUUUGUCGGACUGUGUGGGCUGUAUAUUUUACACUUCCAGAUCUUCAGGGUGAUAGACAAAAAAGUCUUUAAAUCUCUCUGGGAUAUUCACAAAAAGAUCCCUGGUGUACACCUUCUGGGGAACAUCAUCUGGUUCCCAACUACCUUCCUACUGAAUAGACUCCCACAAAUGGUGAAAGCCCUGGACAAGAAGGCUCAGACAUCAGUCAAAACUCAAUAUCAGACCUGGCUGCAGAGUCGUAACCAGAUGCUGACGAGAGAUGUACAGAACUUCCAUACCAGUGUGUCUGCCUGGAUGGUGGAGAUGGAAUCCUCCAUGACUCGAGGGAAGACUCUAAUGGAGGACCUAAACAAUCGCUGUGUCCUUUUUAUACAGGGGCUACUGUAUGCCUACAACAUCAACCACCUGGUGCGUACAGUGAUGAACCUCCAUGUAGCUUUACAGAAACCGAUGACCAAGACAGCUGUACUUUGUCUCUGUCGCCUCACCGAACUUUUAAAGGCCAUAGAACACACAUUCCACCGGAGGACCAUGUUAAUAGCGGAGUCUGUCAGUCACAUUAUCCAGCAUCUCAGCUUCCUCAUCCUCAGCUCCAUUGGAAUGGCAAAGAAAAGGAUUAUGUCUGAUAAGAAGUACAGUGAGAGGAGACUUGAUGUACUCUCUGCCCUGGUCCUUGCUGAGACUGCCAUGAAUGGUCCAGGUACAAAGGAGAGACGGCUCAUUGCACGAUUAACGUUAGCAGUGGGAACUAAGAUGAGGACGUUCAAGGAGGAUGAGAUUCAGACUUUAUAUGCUAACCUUAAGAAGCUCGAGAUGAUCUGUGAUCUAAGAGAGAGAGUCCGACGAUCAUGUGAUUGUAGCUUUAUCUACUGGCAUCGUGUCAUCUUCCCAAUCUACCUGACAGAUGUCUUAGAAAAUGUGGUGGAUACACACAGGAUCCAUUACAUGGUAGGUGCCCUUAGGGACUGUGUGCCCCCCAUGACUGUAGCUCGACACCUUACCUCUCCCCAAGAACUGCUGGAUAUUUUUGACGAGGAAAUCUACAGUAAUAUACAAGAGCACCUGUUGGACCCUCUAUGUCGGGCCAUUGAAACUGACCUUCGACUCCACAUUCACUCCCACUUACAGCUAGAUGACCGGAAUCCUUUCAAGGUUGGCUUCAAGGACCUGUCAAACCUUCUGAAGGUCCAUCCAAUCAGGCUGUUUGAUAGAUACAUCAGUAUCAAAAGGUAUGUGGAACAUUACCUCAACAUGACCUUUUACAAUCUCACAACGGUCGCACUUCAUGACUGGAAAACCUAUGGGGAGAUGAAAAAUAUGGCUGAACAGAAAUAUGGCCUUGUGAUGGUAGAGUCCCACCUACCUAGCCAGACUCUGGAACAGGGUUUAGAUGUGUUGGAGAUAAUGAGGAACAUCCAUGUGUUUGUCUCCAAAUACUUGUACAACCUCAACAAUCAGAUCUUUGUAGAGUGUUCCAGCAACAACAAACAUCUCAAUACUAUCAACAUCCGCCAUAUUGCCAACUCCAUCAGGACUCAUGGCACAGGAAUCAUGAACACAACAGUCAAUUUUACAUACCAGUUCUUGAGGAAGAAAUUCUUCAUUUUCUCACAGUUCAUGUAUGAUGAACACAUCAAGUCCAGACUUAUAAAGGACUGGAAAUAUUUCAAAGAAAAUCACAUGCAUACAGAUCAAAAGUAUCCAUUUGAAAAGGCUGAUAAGUUCAACAAAGGGAUACGGAAGCUGGGUCUGCUGCCAGAUGGAGAUAGUUACCUGGACCAGUUUAGGAUCACGAUCAGCCAGAUAGGCAAUGCGAUGGGCUACAUACGGAUGAUCAGGUCUGGAGGGCUCCACUGCUGUAGUAAUGCUAUCAGGUUCAUCCCUGACCUGGAAGACAUUGUCAACUUUGAGGAACUUUGUAAAGAGGAAGGGCUGUCACAGGAAUGUCAGGUCGCUGCCAAAAAUCUUGACAACAUUGUGGGAAACUUGGCAAGAAACUUUGCGGAGGGAACAGAAUAUUUCAAGCUCCUUGUGGAUGUGUUUGCUCCAGAAUUCAGAGAUCCCAAGAACAUGCAUUUACGUAACUUCUUUGUGAUACUCCCGCCACUGAUUCUGAACUUCGUAGAACAUUCCAUCAGCUGUAAAGAGAAGAUGAGUCGUAAGAACAAAGUAGGAGCAGCCUUCACAGAUGACGGAUUUGCGAUGGGUGUGGCGUAUAUCCUUAAACUGCUUGACCAGUAUCACGAGUUUGAUUCCCUCCACUGGUUCCAGUCUGUCAAGGACAAAUACAGAGCAGAAAAGGAUAAAGUGAUGAAACAGCAGCAGUCUUUAUCAACACGACCAGAUGAGAAACUACAGCAAACUAUGUCCCUGACUGUCAAAAGACUGGACAUGUGUCAACAGGAAUAUGAUCUAUUGUACUAUUCACUGAGCAGUGCCAGAAUUUUCUUUCGAGCUGACCGUACUGCUGCAGAGGAAAAUGAAGAAAAGGACAAAGAAGCAGCCAAAGCUGGACAAGCUGAAGGAGCUGCUCCGACCCAAACAGCUGCUACACCAGAUUCAGGAGCCCAAGGAACUGCGCCAGCUCCACCGUCUGGAGGUCCUCCAGCUCCGCCCCCACCCCCUCCUCCUGGUGGACCACCACCUCCACCUCCUCCUCCACCACCCCCUCCGCCCCCACCCCCUCCAAUGUAAAGUAACAAACUUAAUGAAUGACUUUGAAUGCCAUGUGUUAUCGGUGCUAACUGCUUAGAAUUUGCUUUGUAAAUGGCAACUACGACAAACGGUCAUUCAUUAACAAUUACCAGAGAAAUAUUUGUCAAAUACAACAGUUUGUAUGAGGAACAUUUGUCAGUGGUCUCCGUGCAACAAGAUAUAUAUAAGUAUGGUGCAUGUUUGACAGGUUGUACACCAUUUUCAUCAUCUUACCAAUACAUUAAACGAUUAGUUAUUGCAGAAUUUAAUGUAUAAAACAUAUGUAUAUUUUGUUAUAUACAAAAACAUAAUUAAAAGUAUAUGUAUCCCACAUAUUUCCUACUUACUGUUAUCUAUAUAUAACAUUCAUGGUAUAUAGCAUUAUCUGUACAACCAUCAAUAAUUCUUAUCUUUCAUUUUGUCACAGAUACUCCAAUAACAGAGGUGGAAACUGCCAAAUUAUUAUAUGAAAUAUUUUAUUUCCCACUAAUGGCAUAUUUAUUUUACCAUGUAAAUGUAAUGUGUUGUUAACAUUGUUUGAAUUAUUACAAACACCAUUUGAGAAAUAGUAACUUUGACAAGUGAUUGAUGGAAUGUGUAAUUGUUGACAUCAUGAAGCUAGACUGACCUCCUUCCAACUAAGCAUCAGUGGUGUUUUAUGAUGAUAACAGAGAGAGUAGACAAGAAGAAUAUGGUGAGCGUUUCCUGUUAUAAACAUGAUGAAGAACUCUGACUGUUUACAGGACAGGAUUGGUAAAUAAUAAAGUAUUUGUACCAAUAGAACUAUUAAAUUGUUAAUCAAAUCGUU